CCUUCCCCCGUGCAGGGGGUGCCGCUGAUGGUGGGGCAGCGGGCGCAGAGCACACAGCAGCGGCAGCGGAGGAUGGACGGCUGUACGGGGGUGCCGCUGAGGAUGUGGCAGCGGGCGCAGAGCACACAGCAGCGGCAGCGGAGGAUGGACGGCUGUACGGGUGGGGGUGGGGGCGCUACGGCAACCUGGGGCUGGGGACCGCCUUGACAGGAAGCUGCCCGAGCAGGUCACCGCCAUUGAGGUGCGCAUCGGGGUGUGAAGGGGUGGGGGUGGGGCGCUACGGCAACCACUGGUGGGGGACCGGCUGGCUGGCCAGGAAGCUGCCCGAGCAGGUCACUGCUAUUGAGUCAGAGCGCAUAGCACAGGUGGCGUGUGGGUGGCGGCACACGAUAGCAGUGAACGGGGAGGGGCGGCUGUUGACGUUUGGGUGGAGCAAGUACGGGCAGCUGGGGCAUGGCGACUUCCAGGACCACCUCACGCCCUCGCCCGUUCCAGCCAUGCAGGACAAGCGGAUUGUGCAGGUGUCAGGAGGGUGGCGGCACUCCGUUGCUCUGGAUGCAGAUGGCGUGGUGUACGCGUGGGGGUGGAACAGAUUCGGGCAGGUGGGAGUGGGCAACUCGGAGGACCAGUGCUCGCCGCAGCGGAUAGAGAGCAUUUCCGAGCGGGUUGUGGCGGUGGCGUGUGGGUGGCGGCACACGGUGGUGUUGAGUGAGGGCGGCAACGUGUUCUCCUGGGGUCGAGCCCACCAGUGGGCAGCUGGGCCACGGGGAUACCACCGACAGGUGGGGCUGCUGCUGUGUGUGCAGGACAGUCAGCCCAUGCAGUGUGGUGAGAUGCUUGAGAUUUCAGUGCCAUGGCGCUGCCGCUCAUGCCCAUCACAGGCUAGGAACCUGCCCAAGCGAGUGGAGGCGAUAAGCGCGGACGUGACAGGUGUCGCCCACAUCAGCGGGCCGGGCGGCAAGAAGGACGUGGCAGCAGCAGCUCAUGCGGAGGUUCCGGAUGCCGCGGCCACGUGGGUGUCUCCUGCCGAGCGCUAUGCCGUCGUGCCAGGGGAGAAGGUCUCUCAUGGUGACUGCUCACUCAGGUCUCUCAUGGUGACUGCUCACUCAGUCUCUCAUGGUGACUGCUCACUCAGGUCUCUCAUGGUGACUGCUCACUCAGGUCUCUCAUGGUCUCUCAUGGUGAGUGCUCACUCAGGUCUCUCAUGGUCUCUCAUAGUGAGUGCUCACUCAGGUCUCUUAUGGUCUCUCAUGGUGACUGCUCACUCGGGUCUCUCAUGGUCUCUCAUGGUGAGUGCUCACUCAGGUCUCUCAUGGUCUCUCAUGGUGAGUGCUCACUCAGGUCUCUCAUGGUCUCUCAUGGUGAGUGCUCACUCAGGUCUCUUAUGGUCUCUCAUGGUGAGUGCUCUCUCAGGUCUCUCAUGGUCUCUCAUGGUGACUGCUCACUCAGGUCUCUCAUGGUCUCUCAUGGCGGGAGAGGACGAUGCGAGUGUGCCGGAUGCUGAUGCCAAGCGACUCAAGUCGUGA